CCUCUGAUUUAUUCAAAUGACGCUUCAGAGUUCAACAACCCAAACUAACAACCAAUUUCAUAAUAUUCUCUCUUUCUUUUAUUUUCCCAUCUUUAAAGAAAAAUAAAUGGCGCAAAUUGCUCAAUUUGGAUCUAUGCUUCCAUCUCACAACCUUAAACGUGCCGGGUUACGGUGUGCACAACAAUCUUCGUUGUCGAGGCCGAGCCGACUAUGGGCGUCGGCUCGGGCUGCUCACGUUCAAGAAAAGGGUGGUAAUCAAAAGACAAAAGAUCAUUUAUCUAACCUUGAUAAGCUGCUACAAAAGGAAGCAGCUCCAUUGCCGCCGCGGCCAAUGAAGUCCAUUGACCGCGAGCAGCAAUCUGAGAGCAACCGCAAUAGGGGGUUAUUGCACGGGCUCAAUCUGGCCCAAAUUUGGCCCGGGGGGAUACCGGGCCGGGCUGUCGAGGCGGCAGCUGAAAUGUCGCCUCGUCGCCUGACCCGGAUCCAGCAGAUGUUACUGAAUCAGCAGCCCGAGUACUCCCCCCGGAACCACCUGGGAGCGCGGUGGAGGGAGUACCACGGGAGUAGGGAUUGGGCGGGGUUACUUGACCCUCUCGACGAGAAUCUUCGUCGAGAAAUGGUCAGGUAUGGGGAGUUUAUCCAAGCUGCAUACCAAACCUUCCACUCUGACCCCGCCACUACAGAGGCGGGGAUCAAGUCGUGGAGAGAGGUGGGGUUACCUGAUAAGUCGUAUCACGUAACCAAAAGUCUGUAUGCCACAUCAUCCAUUGGACUACCUAAAUGGGUGGACGAUGUGGCACCAGAUCUUAGUUGGAUGACGCAGCGAUCUAGCUGCGUCGGUUAUGUUGCAGUUUGCCAAGAUGAACGUGAAAUUGCUAGGAUGGGAAGGAGGGACAUUGUCAUCUCCCUUCGAGGAACCGCCACGUGCCUCGAGUGGGCCGAGAAUUUCCGGGCCUUACUCGUCCCAAUGGAAGAAUCCAACAAUCAAGCAACCGAAGAAGAUGAAGCCAAGGUCGAAUGUGGGUUCCUUAGCUUAUUCCGAACCCAAGGAGAACACACCCCAAGUCUAGCCGAGUCAGUGGUACAAGAAAUUAAAAGAUUACUAGAAACAUACAAAGGUGAAACAUUAAGCAUUACAAUAACCGGACAUAGUCUUGGUGCAGCCCUAGCCGUACUAGUGGCAGACGAGAUUAGCACUUGCGCCCCGGAUGUCCCUCCGGUGGCGGUUUUCUCAUUCGGAGGACCACGUGUCGGGAACCGUGCAUUCGCCGAACGUAUAAAGGCCAACAACGUAAAAGUGCUAAGGAUCGUAAACAACCAAGACGUGAUCACAAGGGUACCCGGUGUAUUUAUGAGCGAAGAGCUAGAACAAAAGCUAAUGAACAAUGCACAAGUAGCCGGUGUUGUUGAAUUCCUAACCAAUAAAAUGCCAUUAGCAUACUCUCAUGUUGGUACAGAACUUAGAGUUGAUACUAGAAUGUCACCUUAUUUGAGACCGGAUGCUGACGUGGCAUGCUGCCAUGAUCUGGAAGCUUACUUGCACUUGGUAGAUGGUUUCUUGGCAUCGAAUUGCCCGUUUAGACCGAACGCCAAACGAAGCUUGUUUAAAUUGCUAAGUGAGCAAGGGUCUAAUGUGAAGAAAUUGUAUACAAGCAAGGCUAAGUCCUUGACUUUGAAAAUCGAGAAUGAUGGAGUAGUGUCUAUGUCUAAAUGUUUACCUAGUCCAUCCUCAUCAUGAAAAUUAAUAAAAAGAUUAUUUUCUCCCUGAAAAUUAGUGUGGGAGAGAAUUUUCGUA